AUGAAUUAUUUUAAUAAUUCAGAAAGCAAUAAUAAAGGAAUAAAAGUAAUUAAUGAUAAUAUUUCAAAUAACUCAAAUUGUAGAUCUUUGAAGGAGAAGGAAAAUGAAAAUAUGAAGAAAUGUAAUAGUUUAAAAGAAUUUUUGAAAAGUAAUAGAAAAAAUAUAUAUGAAUACAUAAAUUUUAAUAACGAUAUUAAUAACACUUGCUCAAUGGAUAUAGGAGGAACAUUAAUAAAAAUAGUUUAUUCAAAUGAUAGAUGUGUAUAUGAUGAAAAUGAAAGUACUUACAAUAAAAAUUUACAAAUAAAAAUUGGGAUAAAUAAAUAUAUAUUUUUUAAAUUCUUCAAGAUUCAUGAACUAGAAGAAGCAAUGAACUUUUUACUUAAAAAUGACUUAAUUAAAAAUAAAAUAAUAUUAACAGGUGGAGGGUCCCAUAAAUAUUAUUAUACUAUAAUAGAAAAAAUAAUACUUCAUAAAAUAAUUAAGGAAAUAACAUUUUCUAAUAGUAAGUUAUAUAUAUCAAAAAAAUAUUACUGUGAAAAAUCCUCAACAUUACAUGUAGAAGUUUAUUUAAAUAAUUAUGAUAAUGAAAAAAAUAUAUUUAACAAGAAAAUUCUUAAUGGAAUAAAAUGUGAAUCAGUUAAAAUAUAUUUAUCUAAAUCAAAUAAAGAUAAAAUAGGCAAUAUAGAAAUUGAAAAUUAUAAACAAAAAAAAAAUAAUGAGCAUAAUGACUACUUGAAUGAUAUUAAAAAAGAUGUAAAAAAUAAUUUAGAAAAGGAGUAUUCUAAGAAUAAUUUUCAUAGCAUUUAUAAUGAUAAUAAUGUAAGAAGUAAUAAUAAUUAUAUUAUUCUUAAUAAAACUGAUAAUAUUAAUGAUAGUGAUAACAAUAGUGAACAUAUAAUCUUUAAUGGAGAACCUAUUUUAGAGUGCUCUAGAAGAGAUGAAAUGAAAUGUAUUGUAAAUGGAAUUCACGUUUUAUUUAAUGUAAAGAAUUCAAUGGUAAGAUAUGAUUUUUUAUUUAAAACUGAAGUUUCAGUAAAAAUUAAACCUCCUUUGCAUCCUUUUAUAAUUGCAAAUAUAGGAUCAGGAGUUUCUAUUUUAAAAUCAGAGGAUUUCGGAAAUUAUAAAAGAAUAGGAGGAACAGCAAUUGGUGGAGGAACAUUUAUGGGAUUAGCACAAAUGAUAUUUGGAAAAAUUACUUUUGAUGAAUUAAUAAAGAUAGCUGAAAAAGGAAUAUCGGAAUUAGACUUAAAAGUCAAUAAUUUAUGGGAAGAUACACCUGAUAGUAGUUUAAGUGAGCAAGCUUUGGGAAGUAUUUUUGGAUAUAUCAGUCAUAUUUAUAAGAAAAACAAAAGUUGCAAAAGCAAUGAAUUUAAUCAGCAUAUAGCUAAAAGUUUAGUUUUAUUGGUUUCACAUAAUAUUGGAAACUUUUUAUAUUUAUUUGCCAAAAUUCAUAAUGUACGAAGAAUUUUUUGCUCUGGUAAAUAUAUAAGUAAUUAUGAAUAUAUUAUGAAGUCAUUAUCAAAUGGUGUGUAUUAUCACUACCUUAAUUAUCAUUCCAAAAUAAGCAAGUCAGGUAAUUUAGUAAAUGAAAAAGUUAUGGAAAAUAUAUUUACAGCUACAUAUGAAAAAGAAGAAAAUAUAUUAAAAAAUUUGCAUUAUUCUAAUAAGCAUCUAAAUACUUGUCUUUCUUGUGAUUGUGAUAAAAAUAAAAAUGUGAAUGACAAUUAUUUGCCUGAGGUUUUAUUCCUUAAACAUGAUGGUUAUUUAGGCGCUAUUGGAUGUUUUUUUUCAUAA